CGGCAGAAAUUUACAAUACACCUUCGAAAACGACAAUCAACAGAACAAGCAGGUAAGGUAAAUGCGUCGUCGUCGGACGGCCUGUGAGGCAUCACGUAUACGCCGCUUUGGCUGCCGUUGCACUGGAGAAUUCUGCUGACCCGGAGAAAAGUAAAAACAACGAUAACCAUACUUCAAUAAUGAAAAAAAAGAACGAACACGCGAAUCGUACACCCAGCGUGAGUCAAGGAAUUAUGUUUUUUUGGUGUGAAAAUCGCCUCACCAUUUCCCCUGGUUUUAGCACUUUUGGGCCACUCGCCUUUUGAAGUUCACCAACGUCAAGUGCAUGGAUCUGCCAACUUCCCGUGGUUUUACCAAAUACGAAUACUGUCGUUUGAAAGUGGUGCGCAGGAAUCAGGUGGAACUCUCCCUGAAGGUCAACUUGCUGCAGAUUCCCAUCCGCAACUUGACCGCCAGACUGCAAUGCUUUCAAAGGCGGGAUGGAUAUAGACCGUUUAUGUACAACAUUCUGUUCGAUUUUUGCAAGCUGAUGGCCAGCAGUAACUACCAGUUAUCCUUCGAGCGAUUUAUAUUCGAUGCCAUCCGAAAACAGAGUAACUUUAAUCAAACUUGUCCGUGGAGGGAGAACCACAUGACUGUUCAGAAUUUUGCCCUGAAUUUUAGCCAGAUUAGUAUGCCAGUGCCCGCCGGAACGUACCGCUUGGAUUUCACCUUCUAUGCCUACGGCGUCGCCCGAACAUUGACACAGGUGUUUUUCGAGAAAGUCGACUGAAACGCGGGCGUCACCAAGUUGUUCUUAGUUCUGUUUGGAGCGCCCUAGAUUGCGUAAGUUAAGAGCUCCAAAUACCAAAUACACUCGAUGGAAUGGCAUCGCCGGUUUCAA